GAUAACCACAUCCUAAUGGAUGCUGAGCCAGUCGUGUAAAACGGGCUAGCUGUUCGCAGAUAUCGUGUAUCUAUCAGAAAUACAGCUAUCAAGUUUAUUUUUUUUAAUAUAGGAAAUCCUUUUGCGAAACACAACGUCUGUUCUGUACGCUCAGGUUAGCGUUAGCCUCCUGUUGUGUCGUUAGUAAAGGCUUUCAUCGGUGUUAACUCUUGAGUUAUUCUCCAGAACUGAGCAGCACCAGUCUGCGGGUCUUGUUGUUUGCUGUCUGUGACCAGAAAGCACCAGAGGGUCCGUCCAUCUUAGCAGGACAACAAUGUCUACAUCGAACGCCAAUUUCAAAAACAAGUGUGUGACCCAGGUGAACUGCAUCUUCUGUGACAGUCUGCUCUGCACCAGAGGCAUGAAAGCCGUGCUCCUUGCAGACACUGAGGUUGAGCUGUUUUCCACUGAUAUACCUCCCAAUAGAACUGUUGACUUUGUGGCCAGCUGCUACUCUACUGAAAGCUGCAAAUGCAAACUGAGAGACAUCGCAUGUCUCAAGUGUGGUAAUGUUGUGGGCUAUCAUGUUGUGGCCCCCUGUAAACCCUGCCUGCUCUCCUGUAACAACGGCCAUUUCUGGAUGUUCAACAGUGAUGCUGUGUCUACUCUCAACAGACUGGAUGCGACAGGUCUGAAUCUGCUCCUGUGGGGAGAUCUUCCCGAACUGGAUGACAGCGAGAAUGAAGAAUCAGAAAGCCCAUCAGAGGAAGAGUGUAUUAGGUAGAAAGGGGAAGGGGACAAUGUGAGAGACCUGGAAAGCUAACGUUUAAGGUGGAGCUAGAAGAGUGUACAAACCAUGCUUGAGAUAAGAGAGAAAAGAGACUCUUCAAAGGGCAAUUUAAUACUGAAUCAAAUAGGGCAGAGAAGCUCUGCUGUACUGCUCUGUAUGGGUUGAAAACGGAAACCACGGUGCACA